AUGCACGCCCAAAGACGCAAACUAUUAUCACGUCCAUUUUCGAAAUCUGUUAUUCGAAACACAUGGGAGCCAGUCGUUAGGGAGAAGGCCCGGUUGGCAGUUUCUCAAAUUCAGAAUGAGCUCACGACAGCCGGUGUUUCUGAUGUGCUUAAGUGGUCAACGUUUCUCGCUACUGAUGUUAUUUCGGUCUUGAUGUUCGGGGCAUCAUUUGAUAUGCUGCAAAAAGGAGAGAAAAAUGAUUAUAUUCGCACCCUGGAAACUACCCUGAAGGGUUCUGGCAUCAUGGCAGAGAUUCCUAUUUUAAAAACUAUUAUUCCCCUCAUUCCUCUCCGCUGUGUCCGGGAGAUAUUUGGAAUUGACAGUACAAUUGCCGAGCAUAGCAAACAGCUAUUGACGCGCGGGAAAGAGGAUCCAGGAUCACAUCGAAACAUAUUUUACGGACUUAUCAAUGAAGCUGAAAAAUAUGAAACAUCACUUACCGAAACGGAAGUUGCCUACGAGGCUAAAAAUUUGGUUGUUGCUGGCUCAGAUACGACUGCUGUCACCCUGACUUAUUUCAUUUGGGCCGUCUUAUCUCGCCCAGAACUACAUUCCAAAAUCAAGGCUGAGCUUUCUACAUUAGAUGGAGAUUGGGCUGAAAGCCAACUUGAGGAACUACCAUUGCUGAACGCUACUUUGACAGAGACAUUGAGAUUAUACGGUGCUGCUCCAGGGGGACUCCCUCGCACAGUUCCAAAAGAAGGUGCUACAUUAUCUGGGUAUCAUAUUCCUGGAGGUAUGGUCGUAAGUACUCAAUGUUGGACAGCACAUAGAGAUCCUACACUCUUCCCAGACCCAGAGAAAUUCGAUCCUUCAAGGUGGCUCCCUGGACGGAAUGAGGCAUCUGAGAAGGCGCGCUCCGCCAUGUCGCCGUUUGGGUCUGGAUCGCGAAUCUGUCUGGGUAUUCAUCUUGCAUGGAUGGAAUUGCGACUAGCAACAGCCGAGUUCAUUCUUCGGUGUGGAGAUGUGAAGCUAGCACCUAGUGUGACAGAAGAGAGUAUGAAGCCACAGCACUUCUUCUUAAUUGCACCGGUCGCACAUAAAUGCGAGAUAAUGAGAGCUUGA